GGGAGGCCCAAAUCUGGAAGAACAGGUCCGCCGGGUUACAUCUGAUUCGGUGGAGGCCCAAGCCCAUCAAAUAAGUUUACGAUUUUUUUCUUAAUAAUAAUAAAUAAAUAAAUAAGAGAGUCAUCACGGAGCUUUGCCGUGGAGUUUCCCCCAACCAUACCCAUAAGACACUGUAAGGAAGAGAGAGAAUGGAUAAGUUGAUACAGAGACCGUACGAGGCUACUGUGCGCCUGAUGCUAGCUUCGCUAGAGCGCAACCUGCUACCGGACGCCGUGAUAAGGAUACUAACCCGUUUGCUCUUGGCAAGCCGUCUUCGUUCUGGCUACAGACCCUCCUCUGACCUCCAGCUCUCUGAUCUCCUCCAUUUCUCCCACUGUCUCAGAGAAAUGCCUAUAGCCAUCGACACUGAUAAGCCAAAGGCUCAACAUUAUGAAUUACCAACUUCUUUCUUCAAGCUGGUGCUUGGAAAGCAUCUCAAAUACAGCUGUUGUUACUUCCCGGAUAAGUCAAGCACGUUGGAGGAUGCAGAGAAGGCAAUGUUGGAGGUGUAUUGUAAGAGGUCACGGAUUGAAGAUGGUCACACAGUUCUUGAUGUCGGAUGUGGGUGGGGAUCCCUCACUUUGUACAUUGCGCAGAAUUAUGCUAACUGCAGGAUUACAGGGAUUUGCAAUUCAUCGACACAGAAAGCACAUAUUGAAGAGCAGUGUCAGGAGCUUCAGCUACAGAAUGUGGAAAUAAUAGUUGCAGAUAUUAGCACUUUCAAGAUGGAAGCAUCCUAUGACCGAAUUUUCUCGAUUGAAAUGUUUGAGCACAUGAAGAACUACAAGGAUCUCUUGAAGAAGAUAUCUGAGUGGAUGAAACAGGAUGGUCUUCUUUUUAUUCAUCAUUUCUGUCAUAAGGCAUUUGCUUAUCACUUUGAGGACAUAGAUGAAGAUGACUGGAUUACAAGAUACUUCUUUACUGGGGGUACAAUGCCUUCUGCAAAUCUACUUCUUUAUUUCCAGGAUGACGUUUCUGUUGUUGAUCAUUGGCUUGUGAAUGGGAGGCAUUAUCAACAGACAAGCGAAGAGUGGCUUAAAAGGAUGGAUCAAAAUAUGGCUUCCAUAAGGUCAAUAAUGGAGUCCACUUAUGGCAAAGAUUCAGCUACAAAGUGGACUGUCUAUUGGAGAACAUUCUUCAUUGCAGUUGCAGAACUAUUCGGAUACAACAAUGGAGAAGAAUGGAUGGUUGCACACUUCCUAUUCAGAAAAAAAUGAAGUUAUUAAGUUUACUUGCCAAAGUGGCAAACCUAAGCAUAAAAUGAUGCUUCUUCCCCUUUUUUAAGGGAUUCCAACCCUGAUCUUGCACAUUGGACGUAAUUCAUUGUAACACAGUGAAUUUAUUUUUCAGCAAGCAAUGAAGAAAUGGUAUUGUUCGAUGCA